UAGCACGACACUCUCCCAAACCCCCCCUUCUCUUCCUCAGUUUCAAGCUCAAAAUCCAGGCUUGCCUUAAACCUUCUUCUUCACCGUAUCUCUUGCCUUUUGCUUUUAGCAGAGAGCGUGGGAACCGGGGAAAAAAAAACCAGAGCUGCAGACACUCCAAAAAUGGCGACAGAGGAAUAUGAGAGGGGGUUGCAGGAAACAGCAACUUGGGCCGUCGCUGUGGUCUGCUUUGUGCUGCUGGCUAUUUCCAUCUUCAUCGAACAUAUCAUCGAACAUAUUGCCAAAUGGUUAGAGAAGAAACACAAACAUGCUCUUCAUGAAGCCCUAGAAAAGGUCAAAGGAGAGCUGAUGUUGCUGGGAUUCAUAUCGUUUCUGCUAACGGCGCUCCAAGACCCGAUAUCUGAUAUGUGCAUUUCGAGAGAAGUAGCCGACACGUGGCGCCCUUGCGCUGCCUCUUCUUACGACUCCAAGGGCAAAUACGUCAAAUCACUCAAGUUCUCCGAUUCCACCCACCCUCGCCGUUCCCUCGCCGCCAAGGGACCAAACAAAUGCGGAAAGGGUAAAGUUGGGUUUGUGUCUGCAUACGCCAUUCAUCAGCUUCAUAUAUUCAUAUUUGUGCUCGCAAUAUUUCAUAUCCUUCAAUGCAUUAUUACCUUGCUUUUGGGCAGAUACAAGAUGAGAAUGUGGAAGAAAUGGGAGGAUGAGGCCAAAUCUCCUGAAUAUCAGCUCAGUAAUGAUCCACAGAGGUUCAGGUUUACGAGAGACACAACAUUUGGACGAAGGCAUAUACACAUAUGGAGCAAAUCAUCAAUUUCCUUAUGGAUUGUAAGCUUCUUCAGGCAAUUCUAUGGAUCAGUUACUAAGGUUGAUUAUAUGGCACUUAGGCACGGAUUUAUCAUGGCACAUUUGGCUCCGGGAAGUGGAGCGACAUUUGAUUUCCAGAAGUAUAUCCAAAGAUCACUUGACGAAGAUUUUAAGGUUGUCGUUGGAAUCAGCCCUAUCAUAUGGCUCUUUGCUGUCUUGGUCCUCUUGACAAAUACUUACGGAUGGCACCCUUAUUAUUGGAUUCCAUUUAUCCCAUUGAUUAUAAUAUUAUGGGUGGGAGCGAAGCUGCAAAUGAUAAUAACACAAAUGGGACUGAGGAUUGAAGCGAGAGGCGAAGUAGUGAGGGGGGCGCCGGCGGCGCAGCCUGGCGAUGAAUUCUUCUGGUUCGGUAACCCUCGCUUCCUUCUCAGGCUCAUUCAUUUCGUCAUCUUUCUGAAUGCAUUUCAACUCGCAUUUUUCGCCUACACUGCUUAUGCGUUCGGCCGAAGGUCAUGCUUCCACAAAGAAACCCGAAAUAUCGUCAUUAGACUUACAACAGGGGUUGUCAUACAAGUUCUAUGCAGCUACGUGACUUUGCCUCUUUAUGCCCUCGUCACACAAAUGGGAUCAAAGAUGAGACCCACAAUAUUCAACGAGAGAGUGGGAUCAGCACUGAAGAAGUGGCACAACACAGCAAGAAAACAUGUGAAAGAGUACAGCAAACACUCAGGGACGACAAACACGCCCUUGUCAAGUGCUCCGGCAACCCCAACCCGCGGGACCUCCACGCUUCAUCUUCUUCACAAGCACACCGGAGCUCGAAGCAGUGACAGUGUCCCAACGUCUCCCAGCAAAGGAGGAUAUGAAGGAAACGAACGUGUUCGUAAUUGGGACGUGGAAGAAGGGGCACCCUACCCUACAAUUGGAGCGCGUGAGCUUCACAUGAUGAUGAUGCCUCCUGCUUCUUCAACGGAAUUGCCUCAAGGGCCUGCUCCGAUGAGGAUCCAUCAGCGUGAUGACAUUCACCAUAGUACUGAGUUCUCGUUCAAGAACUCUCAUAAAGCCAGAGAUCAUCCAGCUUAUUAGUUUUCAUCAGUUACUCAUUGGUCCUGUUUAAUAUGAAGUACUAAAACUAAACGAUAGAGAUUCGGAUUGGAAUUCACAAAAAUCAUUAAAAAAGUGUUUAGUACGAGUAAUUUUUUGUUACAUGGAAUGGGGAGGUGGUAUUCCUCAAUAAUCCCACCCACAUGUGAUUGCCUAAUUUCAUAUAAUAAGAAAUUAUUC